ACAACCUGAAAGAAAGAAAGAAAGAAAGAAAAAGAGCACUGAAUCAUGGGAAACAGUUUUCGAAAGCUAAGCCAAUGCUGUUCUUUCAAUGGCGCCGGAAGCCAUGAAAUGAUGAUGGCCUCUCACGUUAUGCCUCACCCCUCCGAUGAGUUCAUCGGACAUUCAUUUUGUUACGUCCGGCCCGACCCGAUCCUUCUCUCCUCCGCCGAAAACCACUCCUCGAUCAACUCUUCUUCUUCCUCCUCCUCCUCCACCAAUACAACGACGACGUUUAGCUCCAUCUCCGGAGCUUCCGUUGGCGCCAACUUAACAACGGUCCCGUUCGCGGCGGCGGUUCCAUCCCCGUUACCCGAUCGUUCCUCCACGUUCAAAAGCUCCGAGCUAGUCGCUUCCCUUACGUUACAGCCGGUGCCACGUGGCAACUCCCAUUGUUGGUCGGCACCGAUGGAUCGUGGGUUCUUGUCGAGCCCGAUUAUUGAGUUCAACAAAAGGUUGUCUGAUGGCAGUUUUAGUAAGUCAAAGAAGAAAGGUUCGUUUUCUAUCAAGAGUUUCAAGAGAGCACUAUUUUUCGUCUCGGAGAAAGAAAUUUCGUCAGCUAUAGAAACCGAAACUAACAAUCCAAGCAGUGGAAAGAGUUUGAAUGUUAAUGAUCAUGGCGAUCAAACUGAUGAGGACGACGACGAUGAUGGUGAUGGUUACCGGCUUUCAAUGAAAAGCCAGAACUUGCAAUGGGCACAAGGCAAAGCCGGUGAGGACCGAACCCAUCUCGUUGUUUCAGAAGAAGAAGGUUGGAUUUUCGUCGGAAUUUAUGAUGGUUUCAGUGGCCCUGAUGCUCCUGAUCACUUGCUUAACAAUCUCUUCCAUGCCGUCUUCGAGGUGCUUAAAGGGAUCUCAUGGAACAAUGGCAAGGCCGAAUCCGAUGAAGCAAUGGGAUUCGAUUCGAAGAAAUGGAAGUGCGAUUGCGACCGUCAAAGAUUUGAACUUUCGAUGAAUUCCACAGCGUCAAGAUUCAAACAUUCUGAUUUUCUGAAAGCACUUUCCGAGGCCUUAACCAAAACCGAAGAGACUUACUUAAAGAUGGCCGAUUUAAAACCAGAGCUACACGCAAUGGGGUCUUGUGUUUUGGUGAUGUUGAUGAAUGGAGAAGAUAUAUAUGUGAUGAAUUUGGGGGAUAGCAGAGCCAUUAUAGCACAAAAGACACAGUCUUCCAAUUUGAUCCCACACCAGCUCACAAUGGAUCACAAUUCAGAUGUUAAAGAGGAAGUUGAGAGAAUCCGGAAAGAACAUCCAGAUGAUGAUGAAGCAGUUGUUAAUGAAAGAGUGAAAGGCUACUUGAAGGUCACUCGAGCUUUUGGUGCUGGUUUUCUCAAACAGCCUAAAUGGAACGAUGCUUUGUGUGAAAUUUUCAGAAUCAAUUACGUUGGAACAUCACCAUACAUCACAUCAUCUCCUUCACUUUAUCACUAUAAACUAAGCCCCGAUGACAGAUUUUUGAUACUCUCAUCUGAUGGACUCUAUCAGUACUUAACAAAUCAACAAGUCGUUUCCCAAAUCGAAUGGUUCACCGCCUCGUUUCCUGACGGCGAUCCGGCACAACAUCUCAUCGAAGAAGUACUAAUUCGGGCCGCCGAGAAAGCUGGUCUUGAUUUCCAUGAAUUGAUUGAGAUCCCAUCAGGGGAACGGAGAAUCUACCAUGAUGAUGUUUCGGUGAUCAUUAUUUCUUUGGAAGGAAGGAUAUGGAGAUCAUCAGUAAAUAGUUUAUAAUCAUCAUUUCCUUCUAUUGUUGAU